AUGGGCUUCGAAGCGUGGAGCACAUGGCGAAGUCAUACAGCGAAAAAUGUCGUCAUCAUUGCGCUGGUCUUCAUUAUCCUUUGGAUGGCCCUUGCAUCACAACAGAACAUGGUGAGGUGCUUUUCCGUCCCGCAAAACGUGCCAGACGUGGAGUAUCGUCAACCAGAUGCCACACUUGAACGCUCCAGGUAUCAGUGGAAACUUGGUCAUGCAGGAUCAACCAUGCAGAUCAUCGAUGAGUGUUCCGAUGAGGAAAGGUCCAAGCACAACAAGUCCUGGGAUAUGGUCAUGGCAAAGCGUCUUCGGACCUGGCGACAUGGCUCCAAGGAAUCGGAAAGGACAAUUUCCAACCCGUCUGGGCCUGGAUCUUCCCUUGCUGCCACGCGUUACGUGAGGCAAUUCCUGCGCCAGGUUUUUGAUGACCUCAACAUCCACACAUUUCUGGACGCUCCUUGCGGUGACAUGACCUGGAUGCCGUAUGUCAAUUUGACGGGUGUUGACUACUAUGGUGGCGAUAUUUCACCCAGUCUAGUGGCACACAACACCGACUUGUUUGGAGAAGAUGCUCGGUUCGCCAACAAGUUUCAGGUCUUUGACAUCACAUGCAUGAUUCCUCCAAAGAUCGACAUGAUACACACACGAGAUGUCUUUCUUCAUAUCAGCUCCGACCUAUCCUUGCGAGCCUUGAAGAAUUUUGAGCGAAGUGGAUCGGGGUAUGUUGCGAUUACGCACUGGCCGGAUGCCAGUGGCGACACGAAUGAGUACCAUCCCACUCGAUCAGAGAAGGCAUACCCCGAAGCUUUCAAAGUGAAGGCAAGCGAGGCACAAGUGAUUGGUUCUCAUAAGUACAAUCUUGAGCUGCCCCCCUACUGUUUGCCACCUCCGCUGUACUCGACGCAGAACUUGUUCGGGGUUCCCGGGUCCAGCGUAAUGGGUGUGUGGAAGCUGCCAGCUCUCGGACGAGGCACUCGGCCUCAAUGUACGAAGCAAACGGUGGCGUCACCAGCACAACUCAUUGAUUCCUAUGAGGUGUCAGUCUGCAGGGGCCAGACAUGUACCGCUUCCUUUUCUUCUGGCCUGUUUGCUGAUUUUCUGCAGUCGCCCAAGCUCCUAGGCGGUCCUUUGCAGCCCUGCUGCACAAUCUGUGGAGAUGUGACAACAUCGGCGUGCUCGAACUCCCGGAAUGAAGAGCAGAUUUUCCUAAGCCAUGUACUGCCCUUUGUGACAUACACCAUGCCUGACCAUCCCGUGUUCUUGGAGAUGGGUGGCUAUGAUGGGUGGCAUGAAACCAACACGCACUUUUUGGAGCAAUGCUUGGGUUGGAAGGGCAUUCUUAUCGAGGCCAAUCCCAGAAUGUUCAAGAGGAUGAAACAGCUUCGACCAGGCACUCUAAACAUUCGCAGUGCCAUUUGCCGAGAAGCAGGGCAUGUAAAGUUUGCCGGGAAUCAUCCUGGAGCGCAUAUCGCGACAGAGCUUGACGAUUCGGGGUACACCGUUGCUCCGUGUCGGCCCUUAAGAGAAUUCUUGAGUUCUCUAAACGUCUCGCGCAUCGACUUCUUCAGCCUGGACGUGGAGGGUUUUGAGCUUCAGGUUGCAGAGUCUGUGGAUUGGUCCCAGUUCUCGGCAGCCUUCUUGGUAGUCGAGGAGCUCUCAAAGCACCAGCAGAAGAAUGAGCAAGUAAGGGAACUGCUCACGCAGCGGGCAGGCAUGGAAAUCCUCGCACAGCAAUGCUGGAAGCCAACUGCUUGUGAUGCUUAUUUUGUGAACCCACGCUUCGUAGAUGUGGCUGCUGCCAAGAAGCAUCUGGCAAGCGUGCCUUUGCCCAAGGGAUUCCGCCCACCUGACCAGUGCCGACCAAAACUGUAA